AUACUGUGACUAUUUCGAACAACAUUUUCCUUUUAUACUUAAAAGGGUCUAUAAUACCACUAAUACUAUAACGUUAUAAUGAAUACCAAGAAUACCAUUUUACCACCUGCUAACGGUAAAAAAUUAUGGAGAGUCAAGAGAGCUUCUCUGAACGAAGAUGGUGAUGAAGCUUCUCAAACAUCAAUGGAAUGCUUGAAGAGUUCAUUGAAAAUUUCUGCUGCUGCCGCUGCUGCUACUGCUAUAAAUGGAAAACCUUCGGGCAGAAGACCUUCUUUGAAGAGACCAAAGAAUAUUCCAGGAAAACCAAAGAAUUUUGUCUUUGUUGAUUUAUCACCAGUUAAAUCUGAAGAACAAGAAAAUGAUGCUAAUAUCCAACCAGCAAUUGGGCAACAUGGUAACCUGCCAGUGCAACAAUUACCUUCUCCACAAGCUUCUGAUAGAGAUUCUCAGGUAUUUGAUCAUCCUAUUCAACUGGAUGACUCAUUCUGUUUAUCCUCAGUUGACUCUGGUUCACCUACCUUUUCAUCUAAUGACUCCAUGCUGGAUAUCACCUCACCUGAAUUAUCUCAAACUAAUACCCUAGGAUUGGGUAUAAAUGGUAUAGAUUACCUCCCACCUGACUUGACUCCAAAUUCUGAAUCAUUCCCAACCCAUAUCUUGUCACAGCAAUUAUACGGAUACCAAAAGGCAAUGAUUCAACAACAUUAUCAAAUUCAACUCUUACAACAACAAUUACAAGAACAACAAAGAAAGCAAAUACAAUUACAAAAUCAACAAUUACAACAAGAAUUGGCUAGAUUGGCAAUGUUGUCACCAUUCCCACAAUUUCAACCACAAAUGCCAUACCCUGUUGCUACCCCAGUAACUACUCCUCGUGAAACUACCAAAGUAAACAAGAAAAGAGCAGAAAAGAGAAAGAGUUUAGAUCAAUUCAAAUCAUACAGUGGUCCAAAACUGGUAAGAUCUGCUUCUGAUGGUUGUAUCAAAAAGGUUAGACAUAAUAGAAGUAGCAGUGAUUAUAGACCAGCAAGUAUUGGCACAAUUACUCCACCAACUUCUGCUGGUUUCACUGACACUCCUAUGGCUGUAACUGAUUCUAUGAUCAACGUUUCUACAUUUACUGCUGACAACAUCGACCCAUUCUUGAUGGCUGAUUCUGGUCUUGACACAACCUUCAGUUUCCCUGCAGCAACUUCAUUCGCUGAUAUGGUUGAAAAUUUUGAUACCAAAGACAUUAGUGCUGCUUUGUUAGAGGAAUGUGGAGCUGAUCCAUUAUUUGGUGAAAGACCAGAAGCUACAGAUUACCGCCAAUUUGUAUCAAUGUAAAAGAAGUACCUGACUGUUGCUUGCUUUUUUUUUAAAAGGUUAUUUCCUUGUAUUAUACGGUUACAUUCAGGAUUUUGGUUUUUUUUUCUUUUGAGAAAACCAUAAUUCCUUAUAGAUUAUUUUUGGUCAAAGAUUGGAUUACACUUCACCUUUUUCCGUUUCAAUUCUCGAAUUUCAAUUGUUCAUUUCUAUUUAUUUACAUAGGGGUUUAUUAUGGUAUUUUUUUUGUUUCUUGUAUAUUAACUAAACAAUUUGAAUAAAUUUAC